UCUCCAUGGCACUUAUAGCAUUAUUUGUGGCCUUUUGGACUAUAGGAUGCGUUAAAAGCUGCGGUGAUCAACAGACUCAGAUGAGUGGACGGUGUUGUAACAAGUGUCCCCCAGGCACUUAUGUAGAAGAGUUUUGCUCUGACAGACAACAAACUGCCUGCAAAGCCUGUCCAGACGGACAUUUCUCACAACUUCCCAACCUCUUUGACAGAUGUGAAAAAUGUCAGACAUGUCAGCAUUAUGCUGUGAAAUGUACAUCAACCACAAAUGCAACCUGUAGUUGUGCCGCUGGUUUCCUGUGCUCCAACAGCAUCUGUUCGACUUGUGUGAAAGACAAAUGCGUCACAGGAGAGAAACCAAAAAGGACAGUCGUCUCCUCGAAUGCAAGGGUGAUAGAAUAUUCGUAUCAGUGUGAAGCCAUAUGUGGCGAAAAACAAUAUUUCGAUGUGCAAACGAAUGACUGCAAACCACUGACACAGUGCAGCGUGCUGGGGUUUCCUGAAAGGUUUCCAGGGAACAGGACACACGACUCAAUUUGUGACAAACCCGGGCCCAAAGAUGGUGGAGACUUCAUUCAUGUGAUCCUUGGCAUUAGUGUCAUUUUGCUGUCUCUCAGCCUCUUUCUGUUCAUGUCCUACACAUGUAUAAAGUACCUAAGGAUUCACACAGCAAACCACAAACCCAUGCUGGCUGUUCCUACUAACAUCAGUGACUUUCACCUACCAAAGGAAGAGAGCGGGCUUCAGUUUGUCCAGGAUGGAUCCAAGGACAGUGACAUUUGUGAUCUAGAAAGCAUUAUUUUAAGAUGAUAUUAUAACUCUGUUCAAUUACAGCCAGUAUGCUAAAAAUUAUCUUGCUUGACGUCAGUGCACAGGAUCUAGAAGGGAAAGUGAAAAACAUUUGUAGAACAGACUUGAUGAUUCCUUUUGAUCUUUAGCAUGACUUAAGCAGA